AUGACGAAUCCAAACAAGGACCCCUAUGUUUCUAAGGCAACAAAGAAAGCACUCAUGAUAAAAAUCUUUAGUUCAACACCAAAUGCUUGGUUUAUGGAUAUCUUGGAAAACAUUCCGAGAGUUAGAACAGAUGGACCACCAUACUGGCUAAUAUUUGUUGGUCAAAACACAAGAUACUGUGAAGCCAUACCAUUACAGUCCAAAAAUAUUUUAGAUAUCUUAGCAGCUUUGACAAUAUUCGUUGACAAAUACCAUCCAACAAAACUGACAUCUGACUGUGAAAGUUCUUUCAAAUCAGAUGAUGUAAAAAACUAUCUGCGUUCAAAAAAUGUAAACCAAUAUUUCAUUGUCGACCAAAACCAUUCUGCUCUUGGUGUCAUUGACAGUUGUAUAAAAAUCUUAAGAGACUUAAAUCAACCACAAGGUGGUGAAGCAAAUGAAAUGUCAUAUGACGACAAAUAUAGACACUUCUCCAUGGCAAAGAUGAGACAAGUUUUAAAUAUUUACAAUAGCCGUAAACAAAAA